GGCUUAGCAGAAACCAAGAGCUAUGCCCAACUGCUAGUGCUACGAUGCUUGCAGAGUACUGGCAGCGCGAGCACUAUCGCUAUUGGUGCUGGAGUAGUCGGUGACAUUACGACCAGAGAAGAAAGAGGAGGAUACAUGGGAUACUUCCAGGCUGGCCUCCUGCUGCCAGUAGCUUUCGGACCUCUGAUUGGUGGCGCUCUGGCCGAUUCUCUAGGCUGGCGUUCCAUCUUUUGGUUCUUGACCAUCUAUGCUGUCGUGUUUCUGCUCGUACUGGUUGCAUUACUGCCCGAGACGCUGAGAUCACUCGUUGGUGAUGGUUCUGUUGCGCCACCAAUCCAUGCUGUCUCGUUGUUUUCAGCAUGCCUCGCGAGACAGGACCUAAAGCCGGCAGACAGCAGUCUAGCGUCCAAGAAGUGCAUCAAUGUGCUUGGAAGUAUCACCAUGCUGAUGGAACGCCGGCCAAUAUCCAGUAUCCUCUUCGUCGGUCUGUGCCACAUGGUCUGGCAGAUGGUGGUCACAGUGCUAUCAUCUGUCUUCCAAACCACCUACAACAUGUCUGACCUUCAGAUUGGUCUCGUGUAUCUUGCUAAUGGUGUAGGGCGUAUGUUGGGCACUCUAACCACCGGUAAACUGCUGGACGUCGAUUAUCGUCGCUGGAUGAAACGCACGUCACACUCAGACUCAUCGUGCUCACUCGAAAAGGUCCGGCUGCGCAUGUCUGUCUUCUACGGGCCUUUGCAGUGUAUCGCAGUCUUGGUAUUCGGUUGGGUUGUGGAUAGACAUGUUCAUGUCUCGGUGCCUAUCAUUUGCCUCUUCUUCAUCGGCUGGGCGGCCGCUUCCAUACAAAGUGUGGUCUCGACAUUCCUGGUUGAUCUUUAUCCUGACUGCAGUGCUUCUGCCACUGCAGCACUGAACAUUGUCCGUUGUCUUCUAGGCGCUGGCGGAACUGCUGCUGUGUCGCCGUGUAUUCGAGCGAUUGGCAUCGGCUGGACUCUUACUAUGUUCUCUGGAGUCAUGCUGUUACGCGGAGUGUUGAUGAUUGUUCAGAUCUUCUAUAGUCGCAAGGAGCGGGACAUUGCAACAUCGACAUGA